AUGUCUUCUUGGUUUUCGUAUUAUUUUGGUGGACGAGCGAUAAAAGAGGAGCCGGAAGAGGAGAAAAAAGCUGAAGAAGAAGGAGAAGCGAGUACAAGUAGAGGAGAUGAGGAGAGAGGGGAGACGAGCAGACCGGCAGGGUUUAUGGCAUGGAUGUCACCAGCUGAAGGAGGGCAUAUCAUUCGACGAAAAGUGACCCGACAAGAAACGGGCCUCGAUGAAGUCUGUCUCUUCUCGUCGCCUGAAUCAUCUGAACCAAAAUCCCCUCCAUCUGAGCCUGUUUCAUUGAUCUCACCAACCAGCGCACUCCAGCAUGCUUUAGAUGAUCUGACGAGUGAACAACGAGAGAGAAUCGAACAGGUUCUUCAACGAGCCGAAGCCUCCCGAAAAGAGGCCAGAGUCGCCGUUGACACUCGACGAUUGGCAAGGAAAGGAAUCACACACAAAAUUCUACGCGAGAAAGCCUCUUUUGAUCAAGAACAAGCUGGAGAGUCUGAGCGCGAGGACUCCUUUGAAAUGAGUGAUUUCCCCUUGGUACAAAUGGAUUCAUUACCCGAAACGCUGGAAGUUUCGAUGAGCGAGACGGCCAGUCCGUCACACCGAAUAUCGCCGAGGAGAAUGCUAUCGGAAAGAGCGGAUUCGAUUGUGGCGAUUGGGGAGAAUUUGGAAAGAGAAGCCUCAGCGACAGCCACGAAAAUCGUUUCCCGUGUCCGCGUGCUCACCGCUCAACUAACGCAUUGGUUCUCGCAAAUCGAUGAAGAUGGCGAUUUGUUGGCUUUCAUGAAUUUGGGGCAGAGCAAAUCCCCGAUGGUGCUUGAGGCGGAGGCCGACUCGUGGGCCGACGAUCUCGCUUGUUCAAUUGUUGCCGCCGCUUUGUCCAAGUAUUAUCAGAGUCUACUCCUUCCAAGCACUUUCGAAGAGUUUUGUCGACGCUUGGUCGAAGACAUCUUUGAGUUGGUUUACAGCCAGAUUGUCGUGACUGAGCUAGAGGAUGAGGAGAUAAAAAGGUUGGACGAGAUCUGCGAGCGCUUGGUCACCGAGGUGCUUGACGCGGCCAUUGCAAGCGAUAUGAUAAAACACUCGGAGACAGACGAAGAGCUGGCUCUCUUCUACGAACUCCGAAAAGUGCACGUCUCUCGGUCAUUCGAGUGCGCCGAAGAGCUAGAGAAAAUGCUGGAAAUGUGUGAGAGAAUUGAACCAGAAGCGGAAAAUGGGAAACACGUUUGGGAUGGAUUAGAGAUUGUGGAUGCAGCCUCCACCGCUUCCACAUCGAGCGCUAUCCCAUUCGCCUAUUCUGUGAUGGAAGAAGAAGUGGAUGAUGUGCCCGAUGGUUGUUCUGUCAUCCUCUCCGCGUCGAAUAGUUCCCUAUCAAGCGGCUCUCGACCAGUUUCCGUCAUUAAUCGUUAUGAAUGGAUGGAAUGGAUGAAAAGAGAAAAAGAAGAGCCCAAGACACCGACAAUUCACUCAAUUGAUCACCAUUCUUCACCAUCUACUUCAGAGUUUGCCUUGAAAAUGAUGAAGUUAGAAGAGGAGCUGUAUCAGGAUAUAAUGAUCACAAGAAUUGAACGAAGUUUAUCGCCACCGAAGAGAUUCCAGAGUGAAUUCUUUGUAGACAUUAUUGAGAGAGAGCUUGAAAGAGAGCUGGAGUACGAUGAAGAGGAAUUGAUCUCGUAUGAAGCGACGGAUUACAUUGUCCCAAUGAUUGCCUAUUCAAAAACGUUAGAGGAGUUGCUUGAGCGAGCGAAAAUGAUCGAUUUAAAUCGGCAUCAACCACCGCCACGACCGAAACCCCCGAGUUGGACACAGACAAAACUAAGAGAAGUGGAGGAAAAGAGGAAAGAAGAGUACAAUGCUUUGCGGAAAGUUUCUGAAGUCUCAGAAGAAGUCUCAGAAGAAGAGUCUUCUUUUGAAACUGAUUUUGGGGAGAUUUUGGAAAGAGAUAUUUUCUAUGAACCACUUGAAGAAGAAAAGGAUUUUAUUAAACCGUCCUCUAGCUCUGAGGAAGAACUGGAGAAUGAACCAGUUUAUGAGAGACUUGAUGAGAUUUCAGAGUUGAAUAGUCAAAGAUUCGUUUCAUCACUGAUGAGUGGAGUUGAUUCGGAGAAAUCUGAACUAUUUGAGGAGAAUCUUGAUGUUUCAUCUGCUGAAUUUGAUGUUUCAUCGAGUACUGUACAAUCUAUGGAAGUAAAACUUGUUCAAGCUGAGAUUUCAGCUCAAAUACCGGAAUUGUUAGAGGAAUUAAAAGUUUACACAAGAAUCUGGAUGGCUACGGCUUUUAGUGAAGAGGUGUGCUUUAAACCGAGCACUACUCAGCCAAUCUUGCUAAUUGCUUCACCUUCUGACGAUGAGCAUGAUCAAUUGUUUAAACAAAAAUCUCUAGAAUUACUUCAAAAAUCUGUUGAUGAUGUUAUUCGACAAGAAACAACAUUUCUAGAAGAGAAGUCUGAAGAAGUAACCCUAGUCAAGCCUGAAAUCCCCAACAUUAUACCAGCUUUAAUGCUACAUGAACGUGAAAUUACAUCAAGCAUUGUGACUGCUACCUGUUUUGGUGAAAAUUUGAGCUUUCAACUAAAUUCUUUACCGAUUUUGAGUAGAGAAGACUCGGACACGUUCACAGCCUCUUCUUCAACAUCUGGUGCUGAUCGAGAACGAUCAUUUGAACAGGGAUCUUUUGAAAUUCUAGUUUCACCAGUUGAAGACAUCAAUUUUGUUGAUGCAAUGACUUUAGAGCUGCAAAAGUCGGAGAAAGUGGAAUUGAUAAAAGCUGAAAUCCCAAGCUUAAUCUCACCCACGAUGGCUCAAGAACUUGAAAUGACAACGAGAAUUGUAACCGCUACUUAUUUUGGUGAAGAGGUGAGAGAAGAGCCAAGUACUUCGGUUUUGAUCAGAGAAGAUUCUGAAACUUUCACAGCUUCUUCAUCAACAUCAGGAGCUGAUCAAGAGCAAUCAUUUGAAAAAGAAUCGUUUGAGCAAGUACAAGAACCAAUUGAUGCUAACACUUUUAUCAAUACUAUCACUACAAUAGUUCAAAAGUCUGAUCAGAUUCAGUUGGCAAUGGCUGAAGUUCCAAGUUUGAUCUCUCCUUUAAUCGUUGAUGAUGUUAAAGCAGUGUCAAGAAUUCAAACAGUCACCUAUUUUGGAGAAGAUGUGACUCUUGGAAAGCCAAGUACUUCACAACCAGUCUUGGUCAAAGAAGAAUCAGAAAGUUCUAUAGCUUCUUCAGCAACAUCCGGCGCUGAUCAAUCGUUUGAACAAGAGUCAUUCGAUCUACAAGAAUCAGUUGAAGAUAGUACUUUUGUUAAUGUAAUUACUCUAGAACUGCAAAAGUCUGAGGAAGUGGAAUUGAUUAAAGCUGAAAUCCCAAUCUCAAUCUCACCUACGAUGGCUCAAGAACUUGAAAUGACAACGAGAAUUGUAACCGCUACUUAUUUUGGUGAAGAUGUAAGAGAAGAGCCAAGUACUUCGGUUUUGAUCAGAGAAGAUUCUGAAACUUUCACAGCUUCUUCAUCAACAUCAGGAGCUGAUCAAGAUCAAUCAUUUGAGCAAGAAUCAUUUGAGCUAGAGAAUCCUCAAGAACAAGUGAAAGAUAUUGUUUCAAGAGAUAGAAUUAAUACUGAUCUUUUGGCUUCUCAUCGCCUGCUGACAGCUGAAAUUCCUGGAGUCAUUCCUCCAGAGUUGAUAGAGGAACAAGAAAUUUCAUCAAGAAUAGAGACGGUGACUUAUUUUGGAGAAGAAGUGGCCCUUGAAAGCUCUCAAACUUCUCAAAAACUCUUGAGAAAAGAAUCUUUUGCCUCUUCAUCGACAAGUGGAGCUGAUGAUGAGAGAUCUUUUGAUCAAGAGCAAGAAAUUCAAGCACAAGAACAAGUUGAAGAUGAGAUUUUGAGAGAGCGACCAAAUAUCAAAAUGAUCAGAUUCACUGAGGUUUUGCUUACAAAAGCUGAGACAGUGAAACCGAUUUCUCCGGAUAUGAGCAGUGAAGUAGAAAUUGCAUCAAGAAUUGAAUCUGUUACCUAUUUCAGUGAAGAUUUAGGACAAAGUGCUCAAGCUUCACAAGAACUUUUGAGAAAAGAAUCUUUUGCUUCUUCGUCGACAAGUGGAGCUGAUGAUGAGAGAUCUUUUGAAAGAGAAUUGUUUGAGCAAGUACAAGAACCAAUUGAUGCUAACACUUUUAUCAAUACUAUGACUACAAUAGUUCAAAAGUCUGAUCAGAUUCAGUUGGCAAUGGCUGAAGUUCCAAGUUUGAUCCCUCCUUUAAUAGUUGAUGAUUUUAAAGCAGUGUCAAGAAUUCAAACAGUCACCUAUUUUGGAAAAGAUGUGACUCUUGGAAAGCCAAGUACUUCACAAACAAGUGCAUCAAGAAUUGAAUCUGUUAUCUAUUUCAGUGAAGAGGUAGAACAAAGUGCUCAAGCUUUACAAGAACUUUUGAGAGAAGAAUCUUUUGCUUCUUCGUCGACAAGUGAAGCUGAUGAUGAGAGAUCUUUUGAACAAGAAUUUGAACAAAUACAAGUACAAGAAGUCGAUGAUAUUACUUUCAGUGAUCAACCGAAUAUUGAUUUUAUAAGUUCAACUGAAGUUUUACUGAUAAAAGCUGAGAUCUCGAAUUUGAUUCCUCCAAAAAUGUGUGAUGAAGAAGAAAUCUUAUCAAGAAUUGAGACAAUCAACUAUUUUGGAGAAGAAGUGACUCCAAGAGAAAUCAGCACUUUAAUAAUUUUGCCUAGAAAAGAUUCUGAGACUGCUUCUUCAGCAACUUCUGGUGCUGAUCAAGAUUCAUUUGAAUUGCUAGAACCAAUGAUGGAAGAGAUUCAAGUGGAUCUAGACAAAAGUAUUGUUUCAACGGUUGACAUUGUGCCGUUUAAAAUUGAAACUGUUCAGUUGAUCUCACCAGAAAAGGAACUUGAAAGAGAGGAAAUGUCUCGAAUAGUGACAGCGACUUUUUGGAGUGAAGAAGGUUUGACAGCCGAAACAUCACAACCCUUGCUUGUAAGAGAGAUCUCUCAAGUCUCAUCGAGAACUUCUGGAGCUGAUGAAGAACAAAAUCUAUCAGAAGCAGAAUCGUCUGCAACUUCUGGGGCUGAUCAUGAUAGAUUGUUUAAGCAAUCAUUUGAUGAAGAGCCUCAGCCUACACCUUCUAUGCCACCACCCCGACCCAGCCCACCGAAGCUCGAUCAACUUGUCUCUCACCGAAUUCAAAUCGAUCUUGCCACUUCAAAAUCGAUCUCAACUUUCCCUUCACUAUCACAGACUAUAGAACCAAGAAAAACAAAAGACCAAGAAAUCGUCGGACGCAAGUGCGUCGAAGAUCAUCUGUUAGCGUGCAACAACUUAGUGAAAAGCUACAAUCUACAACCAUUCGCGCUGGAAUUCAUCAAAACGCCAACAAGAGUCACGAAUGAACAGGAGUUUUUCGGUUCAAGUGCAUUUGGUUUUAACGCAGAAAAAGACGAAUUAGCUGCUGAAGAAGAGUUGCCUGAGGAAUUUUCUUAUCAACAAUUUGAAGAGUCUAAAUUGAAGCGACAGCCGACUACAGUUAUCUAUACAGAUUCAUCGCUACGAGCUUCACAUUCUUCGUAUCCGCUUGAGCCCGAAGACGUUUUGGAAGUAGAACUGGAGGAUGACGCUGCUUUCACGGAUCAAGAUCAAGAAAAGAUUGCAGCAUCAAGAAAGAGCAGUGGUGGACGGGAUUUUAUCGAGAGCAAUGUUGAUGAAAGAACCCUUCCUGCGACGGUUCGCUUCUGCAAAAGUCUCAGUGAUGUGACUCCAUACACGGAGAAUCGACCAGAGAACAUUCGAAUCUCAAGAAGUAUCGCCUGUGUGGCAGCGAUUGGCCACGAGUGGCACGAGAGAUUGAACGCGUUUGAGCUCUGUGAACAGCACUCGUACACCGACUCGUUCUCGCUGCUCACAAAUGUUGAUUUCUUGUGUCGACUCAACUUCUACGCAAAUCGAUUGACCGAGAAGAUUGCUGAUGUGGCUGGCCGGGAUCUCCGAAUUCACAUUCGAACUCUCGGCAAUCCACGAGCCAGAUAUUUCAACGAUGCUGGAGAAGGCUACAAAUCAUCGUCGUUCUCGAGUGAAGCCAGUGAAGGACCGGAUGCUAGAGAAGAAGACCGCGGCUUUACGGUCGAGGCUGCUAACGAAGAAGAGGUUCCAACAUUCGGUCUCUUCUCAUUCCUCAGCCCUCGCAAACCCAGUCACAUCUUGGAGAGACCGCGCUCCGCUUUAUCGAUUUUAUCUAAAACUGAUGGGAGACAAAGUAGAAAGACUUCUAUCGAUCGAUCGGCUGCUUCGAGAAACGAUGACAUCAUGGGACUUUUGCGGCGAUCGUCCGGCGCUGACUCCAGAGCAUCCACCUCAUCACCAUUACAGCUUCCCGAUCACGCACUUGUUGGCCUUUCAUUAGAAGAAAAAGAGCACAUCAUGAAAGUGAUGGCCGCUGCACAAAGAGGAUCACCGACCACUUCGAGGAGAAGCUCAUCAGCUAUCGGACACUCGGUGAUCCCCGAAAUGAGCGAUCUCACCGACGCGGAAAGAGUUCAUAUCCAGAGUGUGCUCGAGAAGGUCGAACAAAGGCAAACGCCAUAUAUGAUCUCUGUGCCUCGUCGCCAAAUGACUGGUCGAACCGACUCCGCUCAAUCUGGCACGCAUCUCAUCACCAGACAUAUCGAAAGUCAAGAGGCAAUCGACGAGGGGAACUCAUUAGGGCUCACGUUUGCUCCACCCACCAUAAAAGAGCCGCUCACUAAUGAGGGGGUCGCCAAAGAAACAGAAAGAAACGCUGAAGAAACGCCGCUUUUCGUUGAGACACCCGAUUCAGCGAGAUUCGAAAGAUCGUUUUCGGAUAGAACUGGGGAAACGGAGGGUGCAUCUGAAGGAACUGAAGGACCAUCGGAUGAAGAACAUGAAGAGAUCGACUAUGAUCGACAGUUAGCUGAACGAAGAGCUCAAUUGCAUGAGGAACAAAUGUCGAUGGAGAGAGAACGAGAAGAACAAGCAACUGAAUAUGACUCUCGGGAAUCGCAAUCGGAUCGUCGUUCUUCUGCCAUGUCACGACAAUCCUCUGCAUUCAGCAUUAAAUCGGUUUCCGAGAUCAUCCGUUCGCCACACGUGCAUAAUUGGUAUGAGGAGCAGCUCUCGUUCAUGAAAGAAUCAAUGGCUGAUGAAGAGGCCGAAUUGGCGGAAGACGAUGUAACAGAAGGCGAAGACAAUGCCGACGUGCAAACGCCGACUCCAACGCAGGAAAGCCAUGAAAUUCAUCCAAUUCAAGAAAUUCAAGGCCAAUCAUCGGCGGGUCUUCUGACCGGAUCCUCCUUUGUGGGAUCCGGGCAGGGAAUGUUUGGAAGAAAAAGUGAUGGAGGAAAGACACAAUCAAGUGGAGGAUUCGGAUUUGGAAAGCUCGGAGCACUCGGCGGAUUGGCGAGUAGUGCGAUUGGAAAGGCAAAAGCAGCCAGUGAACAGCUACAAGCAGUGGCGAAAGAUGCGGUGGCGGAUAUUUCCCAACCAGCUCCCGCACAUCGAACCCCAUCACCACAGCCCACCCAACCAUCUCCAUCGAUGGCCGGUCCAAUUCCACCCGGUAUGGAGGAUCUCUCGGCAGCCGAGCGAGAGCAGAUCAUGGCGGUGAUGCGAGCGGCUGAAGGGGAAACAACAUUCCAGCCACAAAUCCCAUCACAAUCAUCUACUUCAAUGCAACCACCAAAACAAGGCAUCUCCCGUCCAGUCUCCUCUCUUUCCCAGACUUCAUCAAUGCGUCCAACUACAGCAGAAAUCGAUCCACUUGAAGGAUUGUCCGAAGAGGAAAAGGCGCACAUCUUAAAGGUGAUGGGAGCAGCCGAGAUCGAACAAUCGAUAUCACCGAUUCCUCCUAUUAAGCAAUCCCAAAAUAUUGCUCCAAAAUCACCGAUGAUCCCACCAAUGGAUGGUUUUGAAGGGUUGAGUGAAGGAGAGCAAAGGAAAAUUUUAGACGUGAUGAACCAAGCGGCAAUGAUGGACUCCUCAAUGGCAUCCACCUCUUUCACCCCAUCAUCACAGCCCUCUAUCAGAUCCGCGCAACCACCACAGCCAACCAUCGAUGGAUUAGAAGGAUUGACUGACGCUGAGCGGCAAAAGAUUCUAGAAGUGAUGAAUAUGGCGGCAAUGGAUGAGUCGAUGCCAGCGCCUCAACCAGUGUUCCUUCAAAAAUCUCCCUCUUUCACACCAGCUCCAAUUGUUGAAGAAGCGUUUGAUGGGUUGACAGAUGAGGAAAGAAGGCGGAUACAAGAAGUGAUGAAUCUGGCGGCAAUGGACGAGUCAAUGACGUCAUCACCAUUUACUCAAUCAUCAACAUUGAUAAAAACAGAUGAAAGAUUGAGACCAGUCUCUCCAUCAUUGCCCUUGUCAACAAUGGAUAUUCAAGGCUUAGAAAAUCUACCGGAUGAUGAGCGGCGUCGAAUCUUGGCAUUGAUGGCUGAGGCGGUAGCUGAUGAGCAAAUUUCUUCAACAUCGACUUUUGAACCGGAUUUUAUAGAAAGAAAAAUUCCAUCAAAAUCUGUUGAAAAUUUUCAAGGAUUUGCUAGAGACGAGGAAAUGAGGAGAGAGUAUGAGAUUGAAGAGCCCAUCUAUGAAGAGCCGGUGUACGAGCUAAAACAAGAGUCAACAGAUCAAUACCAAUCUCAAGAAGAACCGAGAAGCUAUGAGAUCCCGGAUCUCGACCUCUCUCAUCUGCCACCAACUGAACGAGAGCAAAUCUUGGCGGUGAUUCGAAUGGCGCAAGGAGACGAUCCAGCUAUGGCUACCCGAUCCACUCCAUCAACAAGACCAACAAUGCCCGAACCAGAGCUGCUGGCUGAUCGACUUGAACGAGAACGGAUCAACCUUCAGCAAGCAGUCACCGUACAUCCAAGAAGGGUCUCCCGAGAGAACUCAACGAUCAUAUCCGUCUCUUCCCGUGAAUCCCUCUACGAGACAUCCGACUCUGGAUCAUUCUAUGAGAAUCUCGCGAGAGAUAGCAGUCGAUCGGAUAGCAUGGCCGACAGUGGAUUCACCACUCAAUCGGGCAGUGUUCAGAGUGAAUUGGGCAGGAAAGAAAUCGAGUACAAGCACCAAGAAUUGACGAGAACCGACUCAGCCGAGCAGCGAAUUACGACAGCGGCAACGGAAUUGAGGCAUGGUCUUGAAGAGGCUGACUUCACGUUUGCCGAUGAUCGGUUCAAGAUAUCGGAACCGGAGACACAACAAGUCAUCGAAGCGCUUGAAGAUCCGAGAUGGAAAGAGAUGGAACAAACGUGGUCUUCAACACAACGACCCCGAAUGUGGACAACUGUCUUUGAGACGGACGAGAGUGAGAUGCCCGAUGAUCAAUUCAGAAAUUCUGAACCCUCUCAAUCCGUGCCAGCACAACGACUGCCCAGAACUCGGAUUUUCUACGAUUCGGCUGCAAGUCCUCUAGAUGCUGUUGAAAUGGAUGAUGUUUACGAUGUGUUUGCGACAGAGGAAGAGCCAAGAGUGAUCCCGGAGAUUCGACAACCAAGUGGAUUGCGCGAGUUGCGAGAGAUCGCAUUUGACUCGGGACCGAUCAUUCCACCGCAACAAUCUCAACUUCAAAGAAUCGGCGUCCCCGAGAUCGUGAUCAAGCCGAGCACUCCCGUUGCCUCAACCGUAACCACUCCUGAGAGCUCUCCGCCAAGCUCAAGCCCGGUGUCCGAGGUGGUGACCGCGCGGAAAUUCGCUCAAACGACACCAGCUCAAACGACAGCAGCUCAAACUCAAACUCAGCCUCAUACCCAGCCAAUUGUUGCCCCAAAAAAACCGGCUCGAAGAAUAAAAUUCUCUUAUCGAAACGCUGAUGACAGUGAUGAAUCGGAGCCGUCUUCUGAUGAAGAGGAUUAUCCGGAUACGGUAAUUGCCGCUCCAAUUGCUCCAUCAAAGCCUUACGAUGAGGUGGAGGCUGAACGAGAACAACAAGAACAAUUUGGAAGAGAAGUCCUCAGACAGAUUCAGGCUUUUGGUGACAGCAGCCAUCUUUCCGAUCUCGCCAACGACGAGUUCGACGUGCACUGGACUCAAAAUGGGAAAGAGCAGACGGCUGUGCGUCGAGUUGUACAAACGGUUGUGACAAUCCAUUCACAAGAGCCACUCCAUCACCAAGCCGAUCUCUCACAUCAACCGCAGAUCCCGUUGAAUGGAGCAAACAUUCCGAUGCCUGAUGAGCUCAGCACGCAAACGCUUACUGAUCCUCUUGACAUUGCUGAAGUGACUCGACGAAAUCCAUUCAUCGAUAGUCCUGAAGAGGAAGAAGUGUGCAUUGAUAUGGAAGAUAUGGAUCUCGAGCAGGUUCGACGCUUCUAUGAGGGCGGACCUGGGCAAUUCGCUCAUCGACCUGGCACCGUUUACACGAUACCAGAGGAUGAGUCUGAAGGAGAAUCGACGACUGGUGAUGCGAAAUUGCAUGCCCGUGAACGAGCGCGCCGAAAAGCAGCCGAAGUCACAGCAGCAAUUCUGUCAAUGUACGAGCAAGAUAGCCGAGAGAAAAAGAUCACCGAAAAGGAGCGGAUGGGGAAGAAAACCGCGGUCACAAUGCCCACCUACAGUAGUCUCUAUUCGGGAACAACUCGUCCAAUUGCCUCUACUGUCGACUCAUUGACAUACUCGCAACCAAGUGCAAUUGUUAGCCAAGGCUACGUGGUGCCGACCUACUCUUUCUCGGAUCUUCCAUCCACUUCAACCACAGUUACAGCCACUUCAUCGAUUAGCACCGUUCAACCGGUGUUUACUUCAACAAUGUCCUCUUCAACGGUUCGGCCGAUCCCCUCGACAAGCACUUCGUACGCAUGGCCUGCACCGGAAGUCUCGAGAACAACUUCAUCCACUUUGCCGAAAGCAGCUGUUGCUCCAACGACAGCUGUGCCUCGCGAGCAGCUCAUUCCUGCUACACAGCCAAGAGCCAAGACUCCUGAACAGGAAUUGUUGGAGAGUGUUUAUGGAGGCACAUCGGACUCGUAUCGAUUAACGAAAUUCUUAUACGAUACAAGCAUCAUUGAGACGAGUAGAGAGUUGACAACCAGCCUCUCCCCGUCGCAACACUUGGUCGGAUCAUCCGCCGAUGCGCACUCACCAUCAUUCCUCAUUCAGGACAUGAAACCUUCAUCUGUGCUUGGAAAUGAACUCGAUCAGGAGAAAACGCCUGAAGAUGGGACACCAAGACUGAAACGAUCACCGGGUAUGCUUCUUCCGAAUGAGUAUCCCCCUUCAACUUCUUCUCAAUUACCCUCAGCGUGGCUACCUUGGAACCCAGCCAGCAUCCAGCCAAAUCAACCGGAAAGUGCCCUUGCGGAACCGCAUGCUAAAAUGUCAAAACUCGAAGAUCAACUCAUCAACACUGUUCACCCGCAAGGUGCAAUCGAUACCACAACAAUGCCCAUCGAUUCUCUGCCAUUCACCGUUGAGAACACAAUGCAAGAGCUCUCGAGUGCCUACAAUUGGAUUAAAGAGAUCGAGGAUGAUGCGUGCUCGGUGGGCUCAGGUCAGAGUGAAAUGGGUCGGAGGAAACUCCCCUCGGUACCCCCAUUGCAACAAACAACACCAACCACACAACAGACAACUCCAGCUGUCAUUCGCGGUGCAUCCACGACUGCACCCCAAAUCGGGCCGUUCGGCGGCUCGAUGUCUGGCUCGAUCUGGCCACCCAGUCAUCAGCAAUUCGGCGCCACCCCGACCACCGCUUGGGCUUCGACUUUCACAUCAACAGCUCUGUCAACCUCGACACCAUUCGGCGUCAACAAUCAGCCGUCCACAAUUCUCCCAUCUGUUCUCUCUCGUCCAUUAGGACCCUACUCGUCGAGUCUCCUUGGCCAGCAACAAACCCAGCCACAACACCAUGUCUCGUUCGCUGAUCAAGAGCUCCGAUCGGGCAGAACCACCCCGCUGGCGUCAGCCUUUGCCCAACAACUCUACCUCAGCAGUUCGGCUCCACCCACCGCUACAUCUACCACUCAAUUCAAUCUUUUCUCAUCAAACAUGACAACACCUUUUGCAGCAAUGCAAUCGAAAACGGGAUCGAUCGGCUCACAAACGGGAAGCAGCACGGUGACUGGGCUUGGCGCUUCCACUCUUCAAUCGCACUCAUUUGCACCGAGCACUCAACCCGGUCAUCCCGGUCUUUCCUCUCAACCCGGCUCCGCGAUGGGCUCAAUGAUCGAUUUGACGAGUCGACCGCAAUCAUCGUGUUCGGCUUUGUCAACCGCUCGCACAUUCUACGAUCCAGCAAUCCUCCCUGGUGCUCAGAUCACAGCUUCAGCAAACCCGAAGAAGCAGACUUUCAGACCGGUCUCCUCGAUUUCCCACCAUAAACAUCGUGCCUCUCAACAAUCGAAAAUUCCGAACACUCUGGCAAGGGUUUUGUUGAAGAAAGAAUUGAAGGAGGCGUUAACACGACGCCGAGACGCGCUCGAAGCAUGCGAGAUCGAAGCAAAUCAACGACAAUACGUUGUGCAUAAAAUGCUGGUGACUGGUCUACUGCCGGAUAAUAGAGAAGACGAUGUGCCACGAGUGAUCCCUUGUCUGUUACCGAUCGAGUUGAUCAGCGGUGCCCGUGUCACUCCUCGACCCACAGCCACCGUCGGAACACAGAAAGACGAUCAUCUAGCAUCAAUUACGCAGAGAGAACAGCAGCCCAUUCAAACAAUGCAUUUCCCAUCGAAUUACUAUGCCGAUUUGCCAUCAACAUAUCAAAAGCGAAGUGUCGGCGUGCAAAGUGGAGAUGGAGUGGCGCUACCAACAAGAUACGAGUACAACCCACAACCACAGCACUCAAAAUUGUAUGAAAGAACGAUGGAAAGCUUUGGUCGUUUGUACGAUCAACGGGGAAUUGGCCCAGCUGCAAGUUUAAGUCAUCAGAUUAGCCAAGAGCGCUUGGAUCGACAAAGAGUGAAAACAGAAGGAACACAGACAGAAUACCCAUCAACGUCGACGAGCACGUAUCCGGUGGAUGCGAUGCGCGAGAGGAAAAGUCGAUGGGAUCAAGAUCGGUUGAAUCGAGAGAUGAGACAAGAAAUGAGGCAUGAUGAUCUGCUGGAAGCCACGAAGAGAUACUUUGAUGACUACGAUCGCCAACUCAGACAGAUGACGGCCGAGUUGCAAUUGAGAGACACAGUUGAAAGAGAAGAAAGACAAAGAAGGAGACAUUUCUCGGAUUCUCCGAGAAAUCGAAAUCGAACAUCGAGAUUCACGUUUACUGAUGAUGAUCCAAUGUCGAGAGAAUACAGAAAAUUGGAGUUAAUGGAUGAAUUGGCGAGGCGACGAGAUGAAAGAGACGCUGAUCGAUACUAUAACUCAUUGCCAAGAAUCGGUGGAUAUCGAACUGGUCGAGAUCUCACCUAUCGGGGCGAUCAACCGAGCUCCUCCACCUAUAAUUAUGGAAGUUUGCCGAGGAAUUACGAGCGUUGGAUGAUGAGUCACGAUGAUCCGAUACAGACCGAUUUUGAGCAACCAUUCGGUGGAAGAUCGAUGGGCACAGGCUCCGCAUACGAUAGAGGAUACUCUCGAUCGAUGUACGACAUCUCGAACAACGACCCGUUGAUCGAUCGAUACGCGCCAAAUCGAAUCCCAUAUUCGCAAGCCCGAUCCACUGGUUACUUGGACUCGACGGGUGUUGAGAGGGACGGCUUGCUGACAAUGCAGCCACAGUUCAGAAGAUCUUAUGGCCGAAUAAACGACCCGAGAGAUCCGUACGGAUUACAGCGAACCCAGGAGGCGCCACCACUUGGCCAAACAACAGCCAUCGGUCAGUCAAGCAUGGCCGGUGAUCAGAUGAUCUCACAAUACGCGAAUUAUCUUUCCCGACAAUUCUCUGAAGCUCAAUACGCGCCAUAUCAAGAUCAACUCUAUGGUGGAAUGCCGGGCUAUGGGAUGCCUGAGUAUCGACCAAACCCGCUAGCAGCGAGCACCCUGCCCGCACCGAUGCCGCUUCUCCACCAACGCCCUUUAGAACCCCAGCUCAAUGACCCGUACCACACACAAUCCACAAUGCCGCACACGUAUGCCACGAAUCCCUAUCCUGGUCUUGGCACGACCACGCUGGCUAAUGCGGGCACAAUCGGUGGACAGGGCAUCACGACAAUGUCACAACAAUCCGUCUACCCGUCAACAUCAUAUGUGACUCAGCAACGACCGGUUGGAUAUGGGACGAGUUACGGGACACAGAACGCCUAUGUGCAACCGGGAGCUGCUCAAUCGCUGAACCCGGUGUACAGCCGAAGUGAAACGAACUACGGCGCUCGGCCAAUGCAAACCUCGCUGGACUACGGGAACGGCAUUGGCGCAACGGGCACCUCGAGGAACAUCUACACCCGACAGCAACACCCAACCACAACCACAGCCGCGUCACUGCCUCCAAAAGCUUGGCACUAUGAUGGAGAUGCAUUGUCAAGAGUCUACGCGACAGCUGGGAGAAGAACCGGAAGAAAUGCGCAAGCCCCAGAUGUGAACACAAUGCGGGGUUACCGUAGCUUGGGAAGAGAGGGAAUGAGAAGGCAAAGAGAUGAGGAGAUGAACCAAGGAGGGACAAUCACAUCAUCCAAUCGUUCUCGACACCAAACCCCGCCAAGAGACUCGCAUUUCAAACGGAUCCUCUUAACGAGAAGAUUCAAAGAACACAAUAUCUAUAAUGACUUGGGCCUUCGAGUGAUUGGCGGGAAAAGAAUGGACAACGGAGAACUUGGAGCUUUUGUCUCGGCGGUUGACUCAUCAAGAAAUGCACAAACGCUUGGUGAAGUGAAAGAAGGUGAUCAAGUCCUCGAGUGGAACGGUGUACUCUUGACGGGGAAAACUUUUGAAGAAGUCGAGCGAAUUGUUAACUCAGCCAAAGGAGAAGUCGAGCUGAUUAUAAAGACACCCUGCCCACCCGGUUGCUUGCAACACAUCGAUUUCGUUGAUAAGGAUCGCAUCUACGAACCGGUUCCACAUCGCGAUCAUUCACCCGAAGCCGCCCCUCCAGUGCCCACUCAUCGAUCAAUGAAUGGAAACAAUGGGAACGGAAGAAUGAAUCAAUUAAACAACAAUUUCAUCAACGAUUACCCACCAGAGCCUCAAUGGACUCAACAAAUCGGCUAUUCGGCUCAGAAUAAGCCCGGUCAACCCGGUCAACUCGGCCAUCUUGAAGUGGCCAUGCACUACGAGAGAGCCACAUCGAGACUCAUUGUGAGAGUUCUCUCUGCAAGGGGAUUGCCAAUGAGAGACGGGCAUCGAGCGAAUCCUUUACCCAAUCCAUUUGUCAAGAUCUACUUGUUGCCAGGAAGAAAGGUUUCUCACAAGCGUCGCACCCGUUUUGUGCCCUCGUCGGUGGAUCCCGAAUGGAAUCAACUGGUAGAGUACGAUGUGCCAUCAACCGCUCUCCAUUCUCAUUAUCUUGAGUUUUCUCUUUGGGACUACGAUCGUUUCACAGAAAACAACGCUCUCGGACAAGUCGUUGUCUCGUUAGCGGAACGUGGAGUCCUCUCGAGCAGUCCUCGUUGGUAUCCAUUGCAGCCGUGUGAAAGAACAUCACUUGCAAGACAUCAGAUCAACAUCCCGGUCGAUCGAAGCCGUAUUCCACAACAAGGAUUUCACUACAACCCAAUUUCGAUGGACAUCGGCUACCCGGUGAUCAGC